AUGGAUGACUUCACAGUAGAUGUCCUCAACACUGUCGACCGGGACACCCUUCCGGAUCAGGAUGACCGUGAAGAUGCAAGGCCCGAACCUGUCGCUCAGGCUGCCGCUGCGGCUGCCGGUGAGCAGCCCAGUCCUCGAAGAUGGAAAGGGUUGGCUGCCUUGCGAGAAAGGGCCAACGUGCAGGACAAACUCCUAGAGAAGCUCCUACAACAAGUCAUCCCUCCAGAUGAUGGCCAAGUACAAGAUACAGAUAUUCCGGAUGAUAGCAUGCCGGCAUACUCACAACGGCCGGGGUUCAACAUCACCACUAUGUCGAACAACUUCCGGCGCUUCAACGCACGCAUCGGAGUCAUGUUCAAGUUUCAGGCCCGCGUGGUCCGGCUGCUCUCCUGGCGGCGCACCAGCCACACACUGUCCUUCCUCGCAGUGUACACGCUCGUCUGCCUGGAUCCCUACCUCCUCCCCAUCCUGCCCCUGGCCAUCCUCAUAUUCGGGGUGCUCAUCCCGGCCUUCAUGUCCCGUCAUCCCUCGGAGGCUUCCGAGCUCAACUACUCUCCGCGCGGGCCGCCCAUUGCGCCGGCGCGCACUGUCAAGCCGGUCAAGGAGCUCAGCCGCGACUUCUUCCGCAACAUGCGCGACCUGCAGAACAGCAUGGAGGACUUCAGCGUGGCCCACGACGCCGUGACCACGCGCUUCGUGCCGCGCGCCAACUUCUCCGACGAGGCGGAGUCGUCGGCGCUGUUCGUCGCCCUCGCCGCCGCCGCCGCCCUCAUGUCCAUCGCCUCGCACCUGCUGCCCUGGCGCCUCAUCUUCCUCUGCGCCGGCUGGGCCGCCAUCAUCACCGGCCACCCGGCCAUGGCGCGCAUGCUCCAGCGCACCCGCGGCGCCUACGCCGGGCCCGGGUCCGACGCCGAGGCGCGCGCCCGCUCGCUCGUCGACCGCUGGAUCGCCGCCGACAUCAUCCUGGACAGCGCGCCCGAGACGCGCGAGGUCGAGAUCUUCGAGCUGCAGCGCCUGUCGGCCGCCGGCGAGUGGGAGCCCUGGCUGUUCAGCCCCUCGCCCUUCGACCCGCUGUCGCAGCCGCGCAUCGCCGGCGAGCGGCCCUCGGGCACGCGCUUCUUCGAGGACGUGCUGGCGCCGCCGGGGUGGGAGUGGAGCGAGAAGAAGUGGGCGCUCGACCUGUGGAGCCGCGAGUGGGUGGAGGAGCGCAUCAUCACGGGCGUCGAGGUCGAGACCGAGGGCGAGCGCUGGGUGUAUGAUAUCUAUAACGAGCAGGAGGCCGCCGUGGGCCUAGCAGAGUCGCCGCCAAGGGCGCGCGGGAACCUUCCACAGCGGCCACCGAAUGUGAGCUGGGAAGAGGGCGAGGAAGGGGAGGGAAGAAGAGGUGAGUGGAGGCGCAGGCGGUGGGUAAGGCUGGUGAAGAGGAAGGAGAGAGCUCCAACUGCUUAG